AUGCAAUUCUCCAUCGCCGCCAUCAUCCCCUUCCUGGCCUCCGCCAACGCCAUCAUCAGCGGCAUCGCCGUCCCCGAAACCAUCAAGCCCGGCUCGCCCUUCCAACUCACCAUCGAGACCGCAAACUACAUCCAGGCCGUCAGCGACGUUGCCAUUGCCAUUGGCUACCAGCCGGGCGACGGCUAUCCUGACUGUCUCGGCACAGUCCUCGGCUCAUUCUACCUCGGACCCAAAAACUCAAACAUCCUCACCAACAUCACCGAAACCAUCACCCUCCCCGCCAGCAUCGCCCAAGGCGACGGCAUCAUCUCCGCCACCGUCUACAGCCUCUACGGCGUAUCUCAGAUGCCCACCCUCGUCAACCACAACGUCACCAUUACCGUCGGCAGCGAGACCUCCAAGACGCUCAAGUCCAGCUCCAAUUAA